AUGGCGGCUGCGAAGUGGUUAUGCUUCGUUUGCUGCAUGUGGAUUCUUUCCACAGCCGGAACGUCCGGGACAUUCGCCAUUUACUCACCCGUCCUGAAAGCCGUAGCAGGCUAUGAUCAGAAGCACAUUCAGGCUCUAGCCGUUGCCAAGGAUGUUGGAGAAAGCGUCGGUCUAGUUGCGGGUAUCUUGUGCGACUGGCUACCAGGGUGGCUUAUGCUUCUGGUUGGUGCACUGCACUAUCUGACUGGAUUUGGUGGUCUAUGGCUCGUAGCUUCGCAGCGCAUUCAGCCGCUACCAUUCUGGCAGAUGUGCUCGUUAAUUCUAGUUGGAGCUCAGGGGACCGCUUGGUUCAACACAGCAGCUCUCGUGACCUGCAUACGCAAUUCUCCGAGAUCGCGAGGACCAGUUGUUGGCGUCCUGAAAGGACUGGUUGGCCUUUCGAAUGCCAUUCUCUCUCAAGCUUACUCAGCUUUUCUAGCUCCAAACCAGCCGUCGUUUCUCUUGGUCCUUGCCGUCGUGCCUUUGGCAGUUGCCGUUCCAACCAUGAGCUUUGUCAGGGGACUGGACGAAGCUGUUCACAGACAGCUGAACAGAAGGAGGAGUUCCCAGAUCCUCUUAGCAGUGGGAGAAGGUGCUGUACGGACGAGAAGGAAGGGUCCGAGACGUGGUGAAGACUUCACACUUGUUGAAGCUCUUCGAAAGGCUGAUUUUUGGCUGCUUGUGUUCUCGUACAUUUGUGGCUGUGGAUCUGGGUUGACUGCAAUCAACAACUUGGCACAGAUGGCAUCCUCCCAGGGCUACAGCCGGGUGCAACUGUUUGUGUCGCUGGUUAGCGUGUGGAACUUCAUUGGCCGCCUUGCUGGAGGUUAUUGCUCCGAGCACCUCGUCAAGACUUAUCUCCUUCCAAGGCCACUGCUGCUUCUUGUGGCACAGCUUGUUAUGUCAGCUGGUCAUGCCAUUUACGCGAUAGCCUUCCCAUACUCUUUGCACAUCGGCUCACUCAUUGUUGGGCUUUGCUAUGGUGUUCACUGGUCUGUGAUGCCUGCAACCGUGAGUGAGCUCUUUGGCCUGAAGAAUUUCGGUCUAAUAUUCAAUGCAGUGGCGGCUGCCACUCCAAUUGGUUCGUACUUGUUUUCAAGCCUGAUCGCCGGGUACCUUUACGACUACGAAGCGCACAAGGGUAAUGGUGUAAGCACUGCUAUUCUGAAAAAGAUAUGCCGCGAAAACGGCAUACCCAAGUGGCCCUUCAGAAAGCACCCCCCUCCACCAGGCAUGCACGCUCCUUCUACCCAUCCCUCUCAUCCCUCCCAUGCGCCAUCUCCUGCCCUAGCCUCCUCUCUGCCCUCGCUCACCCCGCUGCUGCCAGGAGCAGGCAUGCAGGUGCCAGUGGGUGUUUCCCCCUAUGCACUCAGGACUCCUGCUGCUGCUCUCCCUUCCACUGCAGCUGCUGCUGCUCCUGUUGCUGCGAGUGCUGCUUCUGCUUUCUCCCAGCCCGUGCUGGCAUCGCAGUGA